AUGAGUAACGGUACGUGGCACACAGAAGAACCCACCUCUUCAUCCUCUCCGCAGAUCAUUUCUUUGUUCAUGAACGAAAAUGCAAACGACACUGACCGACCGAAUCGUGCUUAUACAAUCUUGGGUGCGCUGACUUUGUCAGGAGCAUAUAUGACGGAUUGGCUGGAAAUUGCGGCGAGUAUAUUUCUGUGGAUGGCAAUUUCCUAUGCUGUACUUUAUUUGGGAGCUGCUCUCGUUGCUUUGCUGAUGAUGCGGCGACAUCCCUAUGUCGUGCUGUUCGUGCUGCCCCUUUUGGCAAUGUGUGUUAUUGGGCCAGUCACAGUAGGAGUGUUGACGUCACUGGUGCUUGCAUACACUCUUUCAUCUUCCGACAAGGAAAUCAGCCCUUGGCACUGCAUGAUUCAGCUGAAAACCGAUGCACAUGUUUCGUCGAAUUCGGUCAGCAUUCGUUCCGCUUGGCUGAUGCUGGGUGUUAUCAGUACGAUGUCAUCAGCAAAGCGCAAAUGA